CUUUAAGCUAGCAGCUGGAGACGCAGCUGUUGAGACCGCCAAAAUUUCGCAAAAUAUACAAUCGAAGCCGGCGACGCCGCGCCAUUUUCCAUUCCCAAAAUUUGCAAAUGCCUUCAAUCAUUACCGACGACAUUCCAGCUGCCAAAAAGAUGAAGAUCGACAAGUGCGUCCUGCGAUUCGCCAAGCUCACAGAACAUGCUCUGGAGCCGGUCCGUGGAUCCGCAAAAGCUGCCGGCGUGGACCUUCGCAGUGCUUACGACCUGGUGGUCCCAGCUCGUGGCAAGGCCAUCGUUAAAACUGACCUACAAGUCCAGGUCCCGGAGGGCUCCUAUGGACGAGUGGCUCCGCGGUCUGGUUUGGCGGUCAAGAACUUCAUUGACGUGGGUGCCGGAGUGGUAGACGAAGACUACCGUGGAAACCUGGGUGUUGUGCUGUUUAAUCAUUCCGACGUGGACUUCGACGUAAAACGUGGGGACCGCAUUGCUCAGUUUAUCUGCGAACGCAUCUUCUAUCCAGAGUUAGAGCUAGUCGAUAAGCUGGAGGAUACAGAGCGCGGGGAGGGUGGAUUUGGUUCUACCGGCGUCAAGGAUCUACCGCCGGCCAAGGCGCAAAACGGCAACGGCGAAAAGGCGGCCGAUCCUGAGUCUGCGGCCUCCACUCCCAUUGCCACCUGAAAGGAAAUCUGCUGUUUACCUUGAAAACAUCAUCUUAGUAUUAAGCGAAAUGUUUAACAUUCGGGUUUCGCAUAUCAGCGCCCUCCAUAUAUAAAGUUUCAUAAGCAUUAAUAA